AUGGCUCCCUCCCCUCAAUGCUCUGCCCUCGCUGCCGCUAAGGAGAGGAAGGGUCUGUCCUACGGCCAGAUCGCCUCUCAGCUCGGCACCUCUGAGCAACACGUCGUCGACAUCUGCACUGGAAGCAAGGCCGCCACUUCUGACGAGUUCAAUGCUCUCGCUCAAGUCUUGGACAUCAAGGCCGCUCCCCCUCACGACUCCGCUCACGUCACCAAGUAA